UUUCGUAUAAAUUUGCAAAGCCAUAACAUCAGUUCAAUACUUCAAGGUAAAAGAGGCAUACAGAAGGCUUUUCAGUUCAAGAUACAUCAGGAUGCAUCAGUCAUCUUCAAAGACCCUUGUUAACUUGUCCUUUGUUCUUCUUUUGGCAGUUAUUCCCGCUUUUUGCCAUUCAGAGGCUUGCUCUGGUGACCUACUGAAAGACAAAGUCUGUAAAGAUUCGAUACAGCCAACCUGUAGCAACAGGGUUGUCCGCAGCGUUUAUGACGAUGAUUGUGAACAAAUUGAGAAAUGUGUUUGUCCAAGUGCAACACCGUUACGCUUUAAUGACCGAUGCUACAAGACAUUCGAGUGUCCUAAGAAAUCAGCGGAUGGCAUAAGCAACAAUAGGACAGGCCAUAACUUUGUUAUACCUGGCAAAGUGAAUGGUCGAAAUGAAGUGUAUGGCAUGCAUAUAUCUGCAUUAAGACUGUCACCACAUUGGUACCAUGGGAUUGCCUUGUUCCAGUUCACCGACUCCAGCUGUGCUGAGACAGUUAAAAAUGCACAUGCAAAGAACCCCGCCAUCUUUAUCAGCAUAAACUACAGGGUACCGAUAAAACUUGCUGACUUGCUGACAACUGGAAAUACAUUCCUGGCAACGAUUGGUUUCGGAGCAGGAUCGGUGUUUACACCCAUUACUCAAUGUAACCUUCGUGUAAAGAAAGUCCUGGAUUUAAGACGAUACAAAUCUGAUGAGCCCUACCCAGGCUGCCAAAAGUUCCUUCUUUUUGGAGACGGUGAUAAUGCAUACAUCUCGCACAUCCCAACCAGAUGCAAAGAAACACAACAGAUAAUGAUGUUGAAGUCGGUGCCUUCUGAAUUAACAGUAGAGCAGCUAAAGUCAGGGGUGGUUGCAUGGCUCCCUGAGGUUAAAGGGGAACCACUAAAGGAUGCAAGUGGAGAAAUCAUCGACCCACUUCUGAAAUCAGCAUACAAGGCAUACUACAAAUGCGAUUACGAAAGUUCUACUGAUGAUGACGUUAUUGAUGGUCUGAAUAACGACGAUGCAGCAGCAGAGGUUUGUGACAAUGAAACUGGUGAUGAAGACCAUUGUACAAACCUACGCAACUGCAAAUCGACAAAAGUGGAAAUCAGCGUUAAAUACCCGCUGGAUACAUUUAUUAUCAACAUCAUGUGCCCAUAGAUCUGGUGAAAAAUAAAAUAUAUAUUUUCAUGCACUUUAGAGCACUAUUUAACAUGACUUAAAACACAAAUAAAGAUUUCGAUGACAAAUGCAUUUAUUAAUUGGAAUUUUUUGGGAAA